CUAUCCCGAGCAGUCACAGACCAGAGAGGAACCUCAGAAAGAAGAGUUGUGUGUAAAAGAUAAAGGCAUGGAGUUCCGAAUGAACUCUGUCUGUGGAAGUGGAAUGCUAUUCUUGCUGAUCCUCGUCGGAGCAGAGAUACAGGCUACUUCAUUACAGAACCGCUGUGAAAGAACCACACAAGUGAUGACAGUGUCGAACUGCCAUGCAUGCUCCAUGAGUAGACUGUUUAACUGUCCAGCAGGCUAUAGCAAGAGAACGUCUGGAAAGGGUCAGGUGGAAUGCAGCUAUCAUACAAAAUCCUCUUCUGAGAUUUCUCUCACCCACCGUGGCUGUGCCCACGAAUGUUUCAAAGAUGUGGUGGAACAACAAUGCUGUUCAGGGUACUGGGGCUACAACUGUCUGGAGUGUCCGGGCUCAGCAGCUACUCCUUGUAAUAAUAAUGGGGUUUGCUCUGAUGGCAUUGCGGGCUCCGGGAAUUGCACCUGUAAAGCAGGAUUUGUAGGAACAGCAUGCGAGAAAUGUGAAGAGAACCGGUAUGGACCCACAUGCAGCAACGUGUGCACCUGUAAGCAUGGCCUGUGUAACAGUGGGCCGAGAGGAAACGGACAGUGCACCUGUUUUUCAGGAUACACAGGGCCAGACUGUGACCAGGAACUCCCGGGAUGUGCCGCACUGAGCUGUGGUCCUGAUGCACGCUGUUUUGAAGAUACAAUUUCAGGAAAACUGGUGUGCAAAUGCAAACCCGGUUACUUCGGUGAUGGUGUUCAGUGUACCGUGAUAAAUCCAUGUCUUAAGCGUGUGUGUCAUGAGAAUGCGGUGUGUGUGCACACUGGGCCAAACCAACACACAUGCACAUGUAUGGAAAGCUAUCAGGGAGAUGGCCUGGUGUGUCUGCCCAUCGAUCCCUGCCAAACUGGCUAUGGAAACUGCCAAAGCAACUCCACACGAUGUGUGUAUGAUGGCCCAGGGAAGGCUCACUGUGAAUGUCUAGACGGUUUUGAGAAGUUAGUCAUGGGAGUAGGCUGCAGCCUGCGAGAUGUGUGUAAACCUGACUCAUGCCAUAAGAAUGCCUACUGCACUACUGUGGCACCAUUAACAUUGGAUUGUACAUGUCAAGACGGUUUCCUAGGCAAUGGAAAAGUCUGCUUUGGCAACAUUAUCCAGCGUCUGCAAGAACUAAACACAGAUCCUGAUAGUCGUUCAUACGGUCAGCUCUCUAAUGCCAUCAGUCUGUUUGAGGGCGUCAUGUCCUGGCCUCUGACCUCGCUCGGACCUUUCACUGUGUUUGUGCCAAAGAACAGGGCUUUCAAACCUACUCAACCUGUGAAAACUCUGCUGGCAGAUCAGGCGAAUGCUCGCUAUCUCGUAAAAAUGCACAUGAUCCCAGGAGAAGUGAACUCUGAUACACUGAAGAAUGGUAUAGUCUAUUACACUCUAACUGGGAAAUCAGCUGAGUCAAUAACUGAGUCAGGGCAGGUGAAGGUCCGUAUCCAUGGCAGUCGUAAGAAAGCAGCACUGUUGGAGUCAGAUAUUAUCUCUUCUAAUGGAUUGAUCCACAUAACUGAUAAACUUCUGGACACAGUCCCUUCUACUGUAAUAAGCGACAGUCAGGAAAGCUUGUUGAAAAUUCUGUCGGACAAUGGCAAGUUCUCUAUAUUCAAGUCUUUAAUCGAGAAAACCAGCAUGGUGGAUAUUUUGGAGAAGGAUGGCCCUUAUACACUAUUUGCUCCCACAAAUGCAGCAUUUUCUUUAAUGCAGGACAGUCAGCUAAACUACCUCAAAUCUGUGGAGGGGAAACCAAAACUACUGGAAUUUCUGAGAAACCAUGUCGUCUCUGCCCAGCUGAAAGCCAGCUACAUCGUGUCCAUCUCACAAACCGUAUCCAUGGCUAAUCAAGUGCUGAAGAUUAAUGUGACUGCUGUCGGUCAAAUCCUGAUCAGUGGGGUAGCAGUAGCUGAGGCAGAUGUUGAAGCAAAGAACGGAUGUUUGUAUUCCCUGGUGGAUGUUUUAAUCCCACCAUCUAUAGAACCCAUUCUCCCUCAUCGAUGUGACAUCACGGAAAAUAAAGUUUAUAAGAGUCCAUGUGUCAGCUGUAGGUCACUCCCCCAGGCAUUCUGUCCAACUGGCGUCUCACUGAACAAAACUUCCAUAGGCUGUUUGUACAAUAAGAAGGCUUUUGGCAUUGAUGUCAUUGUUAUAGGCUGCAGUCUGUCCUGCAACGAGACCCGUACUACCCCUAAGUGCUGUGAAGGCUUCUAUGGAGCAGAUUGUUCUCCUUGCCCUGGUGGGUUCAAUACUCCGUGCUCCUCUCAUGGCAAGUGUUUGGAUGGCAUAGAUGGCAAUGGCACGUGUCAGUGUGAGCCCAAUUUUAAAGGGUGGCGUUGCCAGUACUGCACCGAUCCCAACAAAUACGGGCCUCUCUGCGACCAACCCUGUCGGUGUGUACGUGGGGUAUGUGACAAUCGACCUGAAGCAAAUGGAGCAUGUAAGCCAAACUCCUGUCAGCCAGGCAUCACCGGAGAGCUAUGCGAUCAACAUGCACUUCCCUGUGGGCCGAACCAAAUGUGCCACAUUCACGCCAACUGCAUCCUGGAACCGCAAGGGGAGCAACAGUGUGUAUGUAAGCCUGGUUAUAUGGGUGAUGGAUUCCAGUGUGUGCAUGAAGACCCAUGUACAUGGAAACAAAAUGGAGGCUGUGGUGACAAUGCAAGGUGUGUAAAGCUCGGAAUUGGCAAACACAAGUGUGUGUGUCUGACUGGGUGGAAAGAAGAUGGAGAUGAGUGUCAGCCCAUUAAUAACUGUUUGGAGCCAGAUAAAGGGGGGUGUCAUCCUAAUGCCUCCUGUGUCCAUGUGGGUCCUGGGCAGAAUGACUGUAUUUGCAAGCAAAAUUUCCGUGGAAAUGGGAGAUAUUGUGAACCUGCAAAUCAGUGUGUAAGCCUGAUGGGAGGAUGCCAUCAACAGGCCAGGUGUGUGAUGAAGUAUCCUGGAAGGUUUGAGUGUGUGUGUGAAACCGGCUACAUAGGAGAUGGAAGGAUUUGCUAUGGAUAUCUUGCACAGGAACUGGAAAGCAAUCUUGACCUGAGUGGAUUCAAUACAUGGGUCUCUAGUGCAGAUCUCACUCAGAUGAUGUACGAAAAGGAGAACAUUACUAUUUUCGUGCCCUCGUUAUCAGCUGUCAACGACAUGAGCAAAGAAGAUCAGGAUUUCUGGCUGUCAAGCAGCAAUGUUCAAAGUCUGGUCAUGGGUCAUGUGGUAUCUGGGCUUUAUAGAUUAUCAGACCUGCGUAGUUCUCCUUCUCCAAACCUGCUUUCUUUAUUAAGAGGAUCACUUCUUGUUUCCUCGACCAAUGAGACCACAAUGGUUGCUGGGGCCAAAAUCACAUCAGCAGACAUAGUCACCAGGAAUGGACUCAUUCAUCUGAUUGAUAAAGUCCUUAUCUCUGAUCGUAAACUGAUUACUGGUUUACUUGGGGUGCUGGACAAGAGACAAGAGUUCUCUCUCUUCAAGAAUGCGCUUAUGACAUACAACCUGACUAAAGAUAUAGAAGAGGCCUCUGGCUUUACAGUUUUUGCACCUACAGACGAUGCCAUCAGAAAAUACCUGAACAGUACAGGCCAGGAUACACUGGAUAUGAAUAUGACACAAUACCACAUUGUCCUGGAUGAGACUCUGAAGCAGGUUGACCUGCAAGAAGGUCUGUAUAAAGACACUAUGCUGGGAUUCUCCUAUCAGCUGGGUAUAUUCUUGAAUGACAGAAAUUGGUUUGUUAACAAGGUCCAGAUGAAUGCUACAGAUAUUGAGACUGAUAAAGGAGUGAUCCAUGAAUUGUCUGCUGUGCUGAAGAUUCCUAAAAACCGUUGUGACAGAGCCUCCGGCAGGAGUUUUUGGGGAAAAUGUAUGGACUGCUUCCGUCCCUCUGAGAGUCGCUGCCCAGCUGGAACGAAGCAACUGAAGUUGUCACCAAAGAGAUGUUUGUUCAGUAUGAGGAGAUACGGGCGGUUCAUCGGCUGUGCGGCUUUCUGUGACAGAAACAAGAUUAUAAGGAAAUGCUGUGAGGGAUUUUAUGGCACUAACUGUGAGACUUGUCCAGGGCCUGAAGGCCAGCCAUGUUUUGGCAAUGGUGUGUGUGUGGAUGGUAUCAACGGCACUGGUGUGUGCCAAUGCAACACUGGCUUUAAUGGCACAGCCUGUGAGAGCUGCCAAAGUGGCAAAUAUGGCAUCCACUGUGAUCAAGAGUGUAAAUGUGUAAAUGGUCGCUGUAAUGAAGGUCUGGAAGGAGACGGAAGCUGUCAGUGUGAUGUGGGAUGGAGAGGACUCUACUGUUCUGUUGCCAUUACUUCAGACAUGUGUGGCGGGAAGUGCCAUACCAGUGCAAAUUGUCUGCUUAAAGUACAGGAUAAUUCGUAUUACUGCAGCUGUGCAGCUGGUUAUGAGGGAAAUGGUACAAUCUGUACAGUGGUGGACGCUUGUGCUAAGAAUAAUGGAGGCUGUUCUCCCAAUGCUGUAUGUAAGAGGACUCUCCCUGGAAGAAGGCAAUGUGUGUGUAAUCCCGGCUAUGCAGGGGAUGGGCGAGUGUGUGUGUCAAUUAAUCCAUGUCUGGUUGAUAAUGGAGGCUGUGGUAAUACCUCAGAGUGCGUGCACACAGGAGCAAACAAGUCUGCAUGUGUGUGUCUGCCAGGCCACUACAGAAAUGGAAAUAUAUGUUCUCCAAUUAAUUUGUGUAAAAAGAAAAAUGGAGGAUGCCACCCAUUUGCAGUUUGUACCAUGACAAGCCCAGGAGAGAGAAACUGCACUUGCCCAAGAGAUUACAUUGGAGAUGGGAUCAACUGCAAAGCUAAACUUAUGCAGGAGAUUCGAAAGAGAGGUCUCACUGACUUCUACUACAGUUUGGAUAGAGCUGACAUUUUUUAUCUUCAAAGCCGAGGGCCAUACACUGUGUUUGCUCCUAAUAAUAAUGCAUUUCAUAAACUGGAGAAUCAAAAUCUGGUCAAUAAAAAGGCAAAUGCUGCACUCCUUCUGUACCACAUAGUUCCCUGCCGGAGCCUCCUCCCUAGAGAUCUGCAGCAACCUCGCAACCUCACCACACUCACCGGUGAAAUCCUCACUGUUUCAUAUUCAGAGGGUACAAUACAAAUCAAUAACAAUGUGAAAGUGGUGUACGCCGAUCAAGAAAGUAGCAACGGGAUCUUCUACGAAAUUGACACUUUUAUGAUUCCACCCAGUUAUCAGAAGAUACAAGCGAUAGACAAAGCAAAUACUUCCCUUAAAGACAUCACAGAUCAACAUGGUUUCAAGACUUUCUACAAACUGCUGGAAGAUACAGGGGUGAUCAAACAAAUACAGGACCCUCUUCACGUACCGGUCACACUGUUCCUGCCAACAGACUCUACCAUGGCUGCUUUAUCUCAAGCACAAAAGGAUUAUCUGUAUGGCCUUCAAAACCGACCUCAACUGGUGGAGUAUCUUGAGUACCACAUCCUCCGGGAGAAAAAGGUGCACUCUGCAGAGGUGAUGCAUUUUGAUUCCCUCAAGACUCUUCAAGGCUCUGAUGUUUCUGUGAGCUGCGCUGGAGAAGAUAACAUAGGGGCACUAUAUAUCAAUAAUAAGAAUUGUCGAAUUGUCAAAAGGAAUCUGGAUUUCAGAGAAGGCCUGGUUUAUGGUAUUGAUUGUUUUCUAACCCCGCCCAGUCUGGGAGGACGCUGUGAUAAGAGGGACGUUGUAGACAUUACUAUGCCCUGCAGAUAUUGUUCUCCCAUAAGUCGAUCUGAUUGUCCUGCAAUUUCCAAACCAAAGGCUACACAGCCCUGUGACCUUCCAAGACACCUCUUGUCGGUGAACGCAGGAUGCCAAUCUGUGUGCUCCAUGGUCAUAUGGAAACCCAAAUGCUGUCCAGGUUACUAUGGAAGAGACUGUCUUGCCUGUCCUGGAGAGCCUGGAUCACCAUGCAGUAACCAUGGGAGGUGCGAUGACGAUCAUUUAGGAAAUGGGACUUGCAGGUGUGAUGCAGGGUUUCAGGGCGUGGCGUGUGAACUGUGCACUGUAGGCCACUUUGGACCUGACUGCAAAGCCUGUAAUUGCACCGAGCACGGAACAUGUAACGAGGGUCAAGACGGAACAGGCUCCUGUUUUUGUGAUGAGGGCUGGACUGGUCCACAGUGUGAACAUAAAUUAGCUGAUGGUCCACUGUGUUUCCCUGCAUGCCACAAGAACGCAGUGUGUACUCAGAACAGCACCUGUAUGUGUAAGCCGUUAUACGAGGGAGAUGGAAUCACCUGUACAGUAACGAACAUGUGCCAAUUCUGGAAUGGUGGCUGCUCAAAGGAUGCCAAAUGUUCCCAGAAAGGAGAAAAGCUAAACUGCACAUGUCUAAAAGGCUAUUCGGGAGAUGGAUUUGUGUGUUUGCCGAAGGACUCGUGUGUCGAAGAAGACAAUGGAGGCUGCAGUGAGCAUGCCCUUUGCACUAUGACUGGACCUGGGAAAAUAAAGUGUGAAUGUAAAACGAACUAUGUUGGAGACGGGCUGACGUGUGAACUGAAGGUGCUUCCAGUGAACCGCUGUAUGGUGGAUAAUGGUCAAUGUCAUUCAGACGCACAGUGUACUGACCUGCAUUAUGAGGAUAAAACACUUGGUGUCUUCCACCAUCGUUCUCCACUGGGAGUAUACAAGCUGAACUACACAGAGGCUCAAGAGGCCUGUAAGCAGGCAGGUGGCACCAUCGCUACCUAUAUACAGCUCUCAUAUGCACAGCAGGCUGGAUAUAACCUGUGUUCAGCCGGGUGGCUUGCACAGAACCGGGUAGCUUAUCCCAUGAGCUACUCCAACCCUAACUGUGGAUUUGGCCAUGUUGGCAUAGUGGACUAUGGCACUCAGACAGAUCUAAGUAAAACCUGGGACACAUUCUGUUACCGGAUAAAAGAUGUUAAGUGUGAGUGUAAGAUUGGCUACAUAGGUGAUGGAUACUCUUGCACUGGUAACAUCUUGCAGGUUCUUACCACCAAGCCCAACUUUUCCAACUUUCUUUCACAAAUCAUGAAUUAUUCCAGAGUUGCCCCUAAAGGGCAAGAGUUUAUGAAACGCCUCAGCAAUAUAACUACACAGUCUACACUAUUUGUGCCUGACAACAGUGGUCUCUACGAGAACCAGACACUGUCCUACAGAGAUUUAGAGCACCACCUGCUGGAUGGGAGAGCUUUAGUCCUGCAGGCUCUCAUUAACAUCAGUCAUGUUAAGUCAUAUCUAGGACACACCCUGAACGUGAAACGGGUUCCUAGUCUCCAAAACCCCCAAACAGAGGCCUCUUCAGGAUAUGUCAAUGACCGUUACAUCAUCGAAUCUGACAUUCUUGCAUCCAAUGGGAUUAUCCAUGUGCUGCAGGGACCACUGAAAGCCCCACCACCUCCACCCUUGUCCCUUCCUCAGGCACAUUCAGCAGGAUUGGGGAUCGGUGUCAUAUUGCUGAUAAUUCUUAUUGUCGCUGCAGCAUUCGUGGCCUAUCAUUUCUACACCCGGCAAGCCAAACCAUUCCAGUUCCACUACUUUAGGGAGGAUGAGUUAGAAGAUACAAGCACACCCGAAUCUACACCAUAUAUCAGUAACCCCAUGUAUGAGACUACAGCUGCCCCUAGUGCCCCAGACCUCCCUGUGGAAGAUAAGGAUGACAAGCACCAGGUAGUUGAUGGAGGUUCAUUUGACCUGUUCCAGGACAGCUAAAAAAACAGCACACGCUGUUUAACCCUCGGUAUCUGCCAGCAAGCACUGGACCCUGCAGUAUAUUUGGAGACUGUGGAAUGGCAGUGAUGAAUAAUAGUGAUUUGAUGAACUGAAAUCACUGUGUAUGUGUGAAUGUGAUUGAGAGCAUAUGAAACAUGUGAAAGUUUCAGAAACAGUAACUGUUUGGGUUUUUUUUUUAGACAAAACACCCCUAACUGUAAUGUGAAUUCAAAAAAUAAAAAAUAAUCAUUAUAAUAAUAAUAAUAAUAAUAAUAAUAAUAAUAAUAAUGAAUAUCGUUAUUGGAUAUCAUCUCAGAAUUAUUGCUGGGUUUCUCUUGGACAAAAAUUUUGCUACAUUUGUCUAAUAAAUAAUGUCAGAUCUUU